CCUAUUUUUCUUUUUCUGAUUGUAAUAUUUUGCUUGUUGAUUACCAUUUGAACAGCUACAGGAAGAAAGAAUGAAGCAGUACCAAACGGCAGCGAAGCGGCUAGAUAACGCACUCUUGGUGUUGAGGAGGUUCAUCUCGACUGGAAACGAGCUGCGUACUCCUGUAACAAAAGAUGAAAUUGUUUCCGAGGUGGCGAGGCAGCUCAACAUCAACAUCCAUCCGGAGAACCUGCAUCUGCACUCACCUUUGGCGUCGCUCGGCGAAUUUGAGUUGCCCCUCCGGUUACCGCAGAACAUACCGUGCCCAGAAGGUAACCAAUAA